AUGAGCCCUACCUCUGACACAUCCUCCUGUUUCUAUGGAGACCAAGGAGCCAAUGGAAUGGCCCUGCUGAGGACUGUACUACUAAGAGCAGAUGAGAGGGUGGAGAGAGGGAGCGGGAGAGUGAACGCGAGUGAGCCCCGUGCCGCGCACGCCGUCCCACCACCGAGUCCCACCGACCCAGAACGCAGGAUGGACAAACCCAGCGUGUGGCGCGCCGUGGUCAGCAGCACGGACCCGCGGCGAGCCCGAGACCCCGGGGGCCACCCCAGCAGACCGGGCUCCGCCAUGGGUUACCGGCUCUACGACAUUGUGGAAGGGGAUGGAAGGCCCGGUGAGAGUGGUGCUUCCUUGGAUGGUGGUGCCAGCUAUGGCCAGGGCCCGGUAACCCACGGCUCAGCCAUCAGCCCCGACCGAUUUGACAGCCAGCUCUACAGCCACGGGGUCCAGCCUGGGCCGCAAAGGCCCCGCCGGCCCAAGCUCCAGCAUUCACAGUCCAUCCUCAGAAAGCAGGCCGAGGAGGAGGCCAUCAAGCGCUCCCGCUCGCUUUCCGAGAGCUAUGAACUCUCUGCUGACCUCCAGGAUAAGCAGGUGGAGAUGCUGGAGCGUAAAUAUGGUGGAAGAUUUAUAACUCGCCAUGCGGCACGCACGAUUCAAACAGCCUUCCGCCAGUAUCAGAUGAACAAGAACUUUGAACGUCUGAGGAGUUCCAUGUCAGAGAACCGAAUGUCCCGGCGCAUUGUGCUCUCUAACAUGAGGAUGCAGCUCUCAUUCGAGGGCCCCGAGAAAGUCCACAGUUCAUAUUUUGAAGGGCGGCAGGUUUCCAUGACGGAGGACGGAGCGCCGCUCUCCAUGGUGCAGUCCGAGUGUGGAGACAUCGAGGUCCGCCAACAGGCCAACAUGACAUCUCACCCGGCGCAGCCGGGGGACCUGACGGACGCCAUCACGGAGCUGGAGGACGCCUUCUCCAGGCAGGUCAAGUCCCUGGCCGAGUCCAUAGACGAUGCACUGAACUGCCGCAGCCUUCAGGGGGAUGAGGGUCCCGAUCCCGAAGCCAUUGGCUGCUCUGAGGUCGAGGGCCAGGUCCCCUAUCAGGUGAAGUCCCAUCGCAGGUCGGCUGGACGGAUGCGCGAUGAAACCAUGGCAUCUUACAGCGAUGUCACUUUGUUCAUCGAUGAGGAGGACAUGUCUCCUUCCAUUGCUCUGUCGAGAGGGGACCAGCCGUCCAGCACGGAAUCCGACUUACGCUUAAGGUCGGUCAACUCCUCCCAGGAGUACUGGCCCAUUGACCCCAAGGAUGAGGGUCGUGACACAGACACAAGCUGCCGCAGCACUCCUUCUCUAGAGUGCCAGGAGCAGCGUAUCAGGAUGGACCAUCUCCCUCUGCUGACCAUCGAGCCUCCCAGCGACAGCUCUGCGGAGCUGAGCGACCGGUCCGACCGCAGCUCCGUCAAACGGCCGCCUGCGUACGAGCCCCACGGCCACAUCGUGACCUCGUCCCAGGCCAGCCCCAAGCACAUCUCCCAUGGGCCCCCGCCGAGGGCUCAGUCUCGAGACGACGACGCGCCCCUGCGCCACCGCCACCGCGGGCUGGAGAGCCACCUGGCCAUCAACGGCUCGGCCAACAGACAGAGCAAGUCGGAGUCGGACUUCUCCGACGGGGACAACGACAGCAUCAACAGCACGUCCAACUCAAACGACACCAUAAACUGCAGCUCCGAGUCCUCGUCCAGAGACAGCCUACGAGAGCAGACGCUAAGUAAGCAGACCUACCACAAAGAGACUCGUAACAGCUGGGAUUCGCCCAUCUUCAGUAACGACGUGAUUCGCAAGAGGCACUACCGCAUCGGCCUCAAUCUGUUCAACAAAAAGCCAGAGAAGGGCAUCCAGUACCUGACAGAGAGGGGGUUCAUCCCUGAUACGCCAGUGGGUGUGGCCCACUUCCUGCUUCAAAGGAAGGGGCUCAGCAGGCAGAUGAUCGGAGAAUUUCUUGGCAAUCGACAAAAACAGUUUAACCGAGAUGUAUUGGACUGUGUUGUCGAUGAAAUGGACUUCCAGAGCAUGGAGCUGGACGAGGCCCUCAGGAAGUUUCAGAACCACAUACGUGUCCAGGGUGAAGCUCAGAAGGUGGAGAGGCUCAUUGAAGCAUUCAGCCAGCGCUACUGCAUCUGUAACCCCACAGUGGUGCGGCAGUUUAGGAACCCCGACACCAUCUUCAUCCUAGCCUUUGCCAUCAUCCUCCUCAACACUGACAUGUACAGUCCCAAUGUCAAGCCCGAGAGGAAGAUGAAGCUGGAGGACUUCAUCAAGAAUUUGCGAGGUGUUGAUGACGGGGAAGACAUACCUCGAGAGACCCUGGUUGGCAUCUAUGAGAGGAUUCGCAAGCGAGAGCUUAAAACCAACGAAGACCACGUCUCUCAGGUGCAAAAGGUUGAGAAGCUCAUUGUGGGAAAGAAACCAAUUGGAUCACUCCACCACGGCCUGGGAUGUGUGUUGUCGCUUCCUCAUCGCCGGUUGGUGUGUUACUGUCGCCUGUUUGAAGUGCCAGAUCCCAACAAGCUCCAGAAGCUGGGCCUGCAUCAGCGGGAGAUCUUCCUGUUCAAUGACCUCCUUGUGGUAACCAAGAUUUUCCAGAAGAAAAAGAAUUCCGUCACGUACAGCUUCAGACAGUCCUUCUCUCUGUAUGGGAUGCAAGUCAUGCUGUUUGAAAAUCAGUAUUACCCAAACGGAAUCAGACUCACAUCAGCGAUACCAGGUGCCGACAUCAAAGUGCUCAUCAACUUUAAUGCGCCCAACCCCCAGGAUCGCAAGAAGUUUACAGAUGACUUACGAGAGUCCAUUGCAGAAGUGCAGGAAAUGGAGAAAUACAGAAUAGAGUCUGAGCUGGAGAAGCAGAAGGGGAUGGUGAGGCCCAGCAUGUCGCAGAGUUCCGGUCUGAAGAAAGAAGGCGGAAACGGGAGCAUGAACCGGGCCAGUCUGGACGACAGCUACGCCAUGGGGGAGGGCCUGAAGAGGAGCGCCCUCAGCAGCUCCCUGAGAGACCUCUCUGAAGCAGGCAAGCGGGGGCGUCGCAGCAGUGCAGGAUCACUAGACAGCAAUAUGGAAGGGUCCAUCAUUAGCAGCCCGCACACGCGCCGGAGAGCCACCACACCGCGGGAGGGCGCCAGCCGUGGCCACCCCUCCAUCCCUAACUCCGCAUCGACAUCUAUUCUCGGGUCAUUCUUUGGCAGCAAGCGUGGGAAGCCGCCGUCUCAGAGCCACUCCCCUUUCCCGCCUCCGGGCCACCCCACCCUGAUAUCGCACAAGCCCCACCCGACCAACCUGCACCACACGGCGCAGGCGGUGCACGCAGUGCAGCACCACAGCCACCACUCGCAGUACUGCCAGGUCCCGCAGAACCCCCCGCCCUACCACCACCACCACCACUACCACCCGCCCCCCCACACGCAGUAUCACCAGCACCCGGCCUACGCCGCGCACGGACACCAACACGCCCACUCGCAGCACAGCCACUACGGCCAGCAUCCCCACCACGCCUCGCACUCCCAACACGCGCCCCACCACCACAGUCAGCAGGCGGGUUCGGCGCCCGGCGGGCCCAAACCCAAACACAGUGGCAUCAGCACCGUAGUGUGA